AUGAGAUUGGGGACCAUAGCAAAAGAGAAAUUCUCACCUCCAUUCCGUAUCAGCAUCAGAACGCAACUAACGGCACUUGUCAGUCUAGUUGCUCUAGUAUCAUUGAUCAUUUUGGCUGUUACUACUGGUGUGUAUUUUACAAGCAACUACAAGAGUCUGAGAUCAGAGCGACUUUACGUGGCAGCUCAACUUAAGUCAUCCCAGAUCGAUCAGAAUUUGAACUACUUAUAUUACCAAUGCUACUGGCUCUCUUCUCAAAGCACAUUACAGACGUCACUAGCAAACUAUGUCUCUGGUAACAAAACCGACGCCAACUGGGUGGAUUCAAGCAGUGUUCUUCAAAAGUUUUUAUCGUCAUCAGCCUUAUUCUCAGUUGCAAGAGUUUACGAUGCAGAUUUUCAAACAGUUCUCAAUGCUACGAAUAACGGUACUGGUGAUGUGUUAGGGGAUGACGUUUUGGCCAAACUCAUGCCUUUAUCUAGCAAUAUGGCACUGCCGGCUUCGCUUGAAUCCGAGGGGAUGUUAACAGACCCAGUGCUCAAUGGGACAUCAUACCUGAUGUCUAUGUCACUACCAAUCUAUGCAAACCCCUCCAUUAUUUUAACAGAGUCAAGAGUCUAUGGUUACGUGACAAUUAUCAUGUCUGCCGAUAGCCUCAAAAGUGUGUAUGAUGACAGGACUGCUCUUGAAAAAUCGAGUGUAACAAUUGUAUCAGCAAUUUAUAAGAAGGAUCAGGGAUUAGGGUCCUACCGAUUUGUGUUUGCUCCUUACGGCACAACACCGGGAAUACUGGAUGAGACUUGGCCAAUCAAUAACAACUCGUUUUUAAGUGCUGCACUGCGACAAGGGAAAGCAGGAUCAGAACAAAGGACAGACCUAUUCUACAAUAGACCGUCAGCCGUAGGAUAUUCUCCGUGUUCUUUUAAAUUUGUGAAUUGGGUCGCCAUUAUUUCUCAGUCUGAGGCAGUGUUUAUGGAACCUUCCACGAGGCUAACAAAGAUCAUAAUUGGGGUUGUCGUUGGUAUUGGUGCCUUUGUUUGUAUUGCCACAUUUCCACUUGCGCACUGGGCAGUGCAGCCAAUUGUCCGUCUACAAAAAGCCACAGAGAUUAUCACAGAGGGUCGGGGCCUUAGAUCAGGCACACCGGGAAGUUCAUCUGUUAGUCGAAAUAGCUCUUUCAUUCGACGGAGAUUUAGUGGCAGCAGUUCGGUACGAUCGCCUUCAUUGGCGGACGAGAAAGGAGCAGUUGGUCGCGCUAGUACAGAGGGCUCAUUCAACUACGAUCAAGCUGUACCGAGUCUCAACAGUAAUGCUGAAAUUAGUUCUGAUCGAACUAGAAAAUAUAUGACCUCAUCAAACUUGGUAGAGGCCAGAGUUCCAGUUUAUCGGAUCUUCUUUUCUGAUGAGUUUUCAGAACUUACGGACACCUUUAAUACCAUGACCAAUGCUCUGGAUCAACAUUAUGCUCUCCUGGAAGAUAGAGUUAGAGCAAGAACCAAGCAGCUCGAAGCAGCUAAAGUGGAAGCUGAAGCGGCAAAUGAAGCCAAGACUGUCUUUAUUGCCAACAUAUCACAUGAAUUGAGGACGCCGCUGAAUGGGAUUCUUGGUAUGACGGCAAUUUCAAUGGAAGAAAGGGAUAUUGACAAGAUUCAAAGCAGUCUAAAACUAAUUUUCAGGUCUGGUGAACUCCUGCUUCAUAUUCUGACGGAACUUCUGACAUUUUCAAAGAAUGUGCUUCAGAGGACUAAAUUAGAGAAAAGAGAUUUUAGCAUUACUGAUGUUGCAGUACAAAUUAAAUCGAUCUUUGGCAAGGUUGCGAAAGAUCAACGUGUCAAGUUUUCCAUCACAUUGUUCCCGAACCAGAUCAGAAAAAUGGUCUUGUAUGGCGAUUCAAAUAGGAUAAUCCAGAUUGUGAUGAACUUGGUCUCUAACGCAUUAAAAUUUACACCAGUAGAUGGUAAAGUCAGUGUUCGAAUGAGAUUGUUGGGUGAAUACGAUAAGCAACGAAGUGAGAAUGAAGAUUUUAAAGCGGUCUAUGUUAUUGAUGGCACGGAGCCCCGGGAGGAUGGUUUGAUCCCACCACCGGUCAAGCAAUUUGAGAAGCAAGAAGAUUUAGAAAAGGAAAAAAUAUCAGAGAAGCAUAACGAAGAAGAAGCUUCAACUUCCGAUAGCGAAAAGACCAAUUUGGAUGACAAAACUCCUGAUAGCAAGAGAUCCGAUGCAGACGACCAGGUGUCACUUAUAUCCAUCAGUACCAGUUCAUAUGACGAUACCAUCUUCCACACGCAAUUUAAAAAGCAUACUUCAUCCAGUGGUGACGAAAAUGGGCACCUACUGGAACAUCCCAAGAAUUGGGCCAUAUCAGUUGAGGUUGAAGAUACUGGUCCCGGUAUAGAUCCCAGUCUUCAUGAAUCGGUAUUUGAGCCGUUUGUCCAAGGUGAUCAAGCUCUCUCUAGGCAAUACGGUGGGACAGGGCUUGGUCUAUCUAUCUGUAGACAGCUUGCUACGAUGAUGAAUGGUACGAUGAAGUUAGACUCCAAACUUGGAGUUGGGAGUAAAUUUACAUUCACUUUACCGUUAACUCAAACUAGAGAAAUUGAGUUUGAAGAUGAAAAUGCAUUCGAAGAUGAAUUCAACCCACUAAGUAAGAAGAACAGGAAAGUCAAGUUCAAAGUGGCUAAAAGUAUCAAGAGUAGAAAAUCCAAAUCUUCACUAUCGAAUUCUAGCGGUAAAGGUGGAUCAAGCGACAAAAGCUCAAAACAGUUGAAAGGCAGCGAAAGCGAGUUCAGUGUAGGCAACGUUAGUCUUGAUAGACCGUUCUUGCAAAGUACUGGUACGGCAUCUUCAAGCAAGAAUGUAACUGUUGUGUCGAAUGUGAAUAAGAGCUACAGGAUUCUAGUCGCUGAGGAUAAUCAUGUGAAUCAAGAAGUCAUCAAAAGGAUGUUAACUCUAGAAGGCAUUGACAGGAUCGAUCUUGCAGCUGACGGACAGGAUGCUUUUGACAAGGUCAAAGCACUACAAGAAAAGGGCGAACACUACGAAUUAAUCUUUAUGGACGUCCAAAUGCCUAAAGUAGAUGGUUUACUCGCCACAAAGAUGAUCAGGAAAGACUUAGACUACCAAUAUCCAAUCGUUGCAUUAACUGCAUUUGCGGAUGACAGUAACAUCCGAGUUUGUUUGGAAGCAGGAAUGAACGGCUUCCUAUCCAAACCGAUCAAAAGACCUAAAUUAAAGACAAUAAUAGCCCAAUACUGUCAUGAUGACAGCAAAGUAGUUGAUAAAGAAUAA